UUGCGGAGCUGCAUAAUGUCGGCGCAUAAGACGACAUUUAAAAUAAAGCAGAAGCUUGCCAUGAAAUUGAAGCAAAAUCGGCCGAUUCCACAAUGGGUGAGAAUGCGCACUGGAAAUACCAUUACGUACAACGCUAAACGUAGACACUGGAGAACCAAGCUGAAAUUGAAAGAUAACUAA